AUGGGGUGUUGCUCAGGCGUGAAUUUAUUUAUCACAGCGUGUGAGAAUGUUUUCUCAAAGUAUGGGAGAUAUGUUGGGACAUACCCAUGGUGGUUCAUUAUUGGCAGUGUUCUUGUGAACGGUGGCUUGGGAGUGCUUCUCCUGGGCAUCCAGUCCGUGAAUGACGUGGAGAAGGUGUACGUGCCCACCGGGAACCAGGCGGCCAAAGACAGGCACGCCGCCAGGACCAUGUUUCCUGACAAAAGUCACAACAAUGGUACACUGUACGCAGCAAACUAUUUAAAGCUCAAGUACAAUUUACGCCAGGACACCCCACAAAACACUAUUCUCUCUGGCAAUGGGAGGAAGAGUUCCUCAGUCAAAAUGUCGGCCUAUGACCACAAAUACAACGCUACAGAUUUAGCUUAUGCAGUGUCCGACUCAUUAAACGUCGAACUGACCGAAAACUCGGGAGGUGACAUCAUGUGGUUCAGUUUGACCUUUACUCUGAUGAUCACCUACGCCAGCAUCGUCACUUCCGGUGGAAACUGUGUGUCAACCAAAGGCUUCCUGUCGACAGCCGGUGUUCUGGCGGCCGGACUGGGAAUCCUGGCGGGAUUUGGGGUCGCCAGUAGGACUGCCUUCUCAAACAUAGUAGGAAUCAUGCCCUUUCUGGUUAUAGGGGUUGGUGUUGAUGACGCAUUCAUCUUAAUGUCGGGCUGGUCAGAAAACCGGGAAGCCAUAAACAUCCCUGAUAGAGUGGCGGCCACCAUGAGGACCAGUGGCAUCAUCACGCUGACCUCUCUCACAGACCUGGUGGCCUUUCUGAUCGGAAUGACCAGCUCCUUCUACUCAGUGAGGAUAUUCUGCUUGUAUACAGCUUUGACUAUCCUGUUCUGUUACCUGAACCAAAUCACGCUGUUUGCCGGAUGCUUGGCUGUACACGGACGUAGAGUGGAACAAAACCGGCACUGUGCCACGUGUAUGGUGGUGAAGUCGGCAGAUGAGAUCAGGAACAGCACGCAAACAGAGAUUAGAGAGGACUCUCCAGGAGGAUCAACGAUAGCUUACCCAUCAAAGGAAAAUGCGACCUACAGAAAACACACCAACAAAGCCAGCCUUCACCAGUCAGCUCCUGAGAGACACAAUGCCAUUCCAGUGACAUCAAGAAUUAAAAGUUCAUCUGCCAGCUUGUGCUUACAGCUAUGUUUCUGUUCCGGUCAACCGUCUCAGAAACUGGGCGACGAUGGUAACUGCUUUGAGUGGGCGCCGCGUAAACGUCUUCCUACCCUUGUCCUGUCUCUACCUGCCAAGAUCUUGAUUGUUCCCAUGUUCUUAGGUUAUCUCGCAAUGUCUAUCUACGGGGUUAUCUAUUUACGACAGGGCCUCGAACUGAAGAACCUUAUAGCUCCGUCUUCGUAUUUCUAUGAAUAUACUAACUGGAACACGGAUCACUAUCAGCAACGUUUCUUGGUUACGUUUUUUGUCAGUCAGUCGCUGGCUUACAAUGACGACACAAAUAUAAACACACUGGAAAACCUUUUUGAGGAGGUGAAGGCUGACAGCACCAUACAAGACAACUUCCAGAUCUCCUGGAUGACCACUUACCAAAACUCCACUUUUUAUGACCCAUCCACCAAAGAGAAUUUCUCAGGCGGACUGAAAAAGUUUCUUCUGCAUUAUCCCUUGUUUGAGAACGAUAUUAGAUUUGGGGACAAUUCGUCCGAGAUCACGGGCUCACGGUUUCAUUUUCAGACAGUUGAUCUCCCAGAUUCUUCACAGCAAGGACAGUUCAUGAUAAGGAUGAGAGACAUUGCUUCUACAUCCGGUAUCUCGGUUUUCGUGUACUCACCGCCAUUCCUCUACUUCGAGCAGUAUAUUGCUAUCUUGCCCAACACGUUACAGACUGUAGGAGUGGCUGUGGCGGCCAUGUUCGUCCUCUCAGUGAUCUUUAUUCCCCACCCCCUCAUGUUUGUGUCUAUUACAGUGUCUAUGGUGUCUACACUGACGGGGAUACUAGGGUUCCUGUACUGGUGGGAUCUCACCCUCAGCUCUAUCACAAUGCUUCAUCUCGUCACCGCCACGGGCUUCUCCGUGGAUUACUCCGCUCAUAUCUGUCAUGCCGUGAUGCAGAAUGGGAAACUGGGCACCAGCAGACAAGAUGUGGUGUCCAGGGCACUGGCUGUCACAGGAGGGCCAAUACUGAACGGUGCACUCUCUUCAUUUAUUGGUAUUUUGUUUCUGGCGCCCUCAGAAUCCUAUAUUUUCAGUUCGUUUUUCAAGGUAAUGUUACUGGUGUUGUUGUUUGGAAUAGUCCAUUCUAUUCUGUUCUUACCGGUGUUUUUCUCCCUCUUCGGACCAGCAGAAAACUUAGUAAGAAGAAAUGAUCGCGAUCGAAUUGAGAACAAAUCGUCAAACCAUGAGCUUCCCAUUGAAAUAUCACCCGUCGACGGUGCUGAGGACCAAUUUGCCCUGCCAUGGAACAGUCAUCAUCGCUACAAAAGUUAUUCUGGAUAUAAUUUGCAAAAUACCAAUCAAAUUGUACCAGGGAGUAGCGAAGAAGCUAGGCGCACUUUGUCUAGCGAUGAGAUCUGGUACACUCCAGGAGGGACCGAUAAAAACGAAGUACAAAUAAAACAAUAUAAUAUAUAGUAGCAUGCAUAAUAUUAUCGCCAUUUACAGAAACUGUUUUUAAUGAAGAAUAUAGUACCUUGAUUUAGUGAACCAAAUACCUUUAUCAAAAGUGGAAAUGUAAAUCGUAGAUCGGUGUAUUUAAUUAGAAAUGCAAAAUUUUAUUAAGGGUUUUUAAUUUUAUGUUCCUGUAAAAUUAGAAUGCAUGUUAAGUGCUGAAAUAAAUCAUCUUUAUCAGAGUUUCUGUAAUAGAAUACUCACUCAAAGGCAACAGGAAAACAUGAAUUUAGUGUGUUCAAAUGUUUAUUAAAAUAUUCAAGUGUGUGGUAUUCAAAUAUUAACGUCGAUUUUGCAGAGGACUCUGUUCAUAUCGGAUUACUUGGGCAUCAUUUGAUUAUGUCCACUACGUAUGUGGGUGUCUUUAUUGUGACAUUUAUUUAGUAACUACCAGAUACAGAGACAUUUUGACACAAUUUUGACACAAAGGUAUUCUCACAAUGGCAGAACUGUCAUAAAGCACAUCGCUACUUGACAUGAGAUCGAGGCUGCUUCUACUGAAUCUCAAUACAACUUAUGUCAGAAGUACAGAUUUCUGUUUUAAAUUAAAUUGAGCACUAUCGGAAAGGCCACUAAAAUGGCACCGCUACAUUGGCUUCUGUGUUUUUUUUAUGAUAUUCAUGGGCAAAAUAAAUACAUGCAAGUGUUUAACUCGUGAAGUAGUCUUGUAUAGACCAUAUCCGAAGUGACCCUUGAGGUCAAUAACUUUCAUCUU